AAGGUUAGUAAUUUCUUUCUCCAGUGUCAGUUUGGUGGAUUAUUUAACUUAUAGCUUAAAUAUUUAACCACAGGCUGAGUAAAUAAAUAUACAAUGAUAUUGAAACGAUGGCCACUUAGUCUCUACAAAAAACAAUUAAGAAGAAUUGAAAGGCUGGUUUCUUCAACAAGUAAUAAAAACGUGAACGAUGGACAUUGUAAUAAAUCCACCAAUCUUAAUGUAUUGGAUAAGAUUCGUAAUAUUGGAAUCUUAGCUCAUAUUGAUGCAGGUAAGACUACUACAACUGAGAGAAUGCUCUUUUAUUCGGGAAAAAUUAGAAACAUGGGAGAAGUGCAUCUUGGUAAUACAGUCACAGAUUAUAUGGAACAAGAACGUAAUAGAGGUAUAACUAUAACAUCAGCUGCAGUGACGUUUGCUUGGCACGGACAUCGUUUCAAUCUUAUUGAUACACCUGGCCACAUUGACUUUACCAUGGAAGUUGAACAAGCUCUCAAUGUCAUGGACGGAGCUGUUAUAGUAUUAGAUGGAUCAGCAGGAGUAGAAGCUCAGACUCUGACAGUAUGGAGGCAAGCUGACCACUACCAUAUACCAAGGAUUGUAUUUACCAACAAAAUGGAUCGCCAAGAUGCAGACUUGCAUUUAUCAUUGGAUUCUCUACGAUCUAAACUCGAUGUCUGUCCGCUGGCUCUAUUUUUACCUAUAAAAGAGAGAGGUAAGCUGGUUGGUCUGGUGGAUGUGGUACGACAAGAGAGGUGUGUUUGGAGAGGGGAGAGGGGGGAGGAGAUAACUCGAGCCACACUCUCCUCUGCAGAUCCUCAGCUGUACGAGACGAUGAUGCAAGCUAGAGAGCAACUGACGGACACUCUCACAGACCUGGACGGUCAACUUGCUGACUCUGUGCUGCAGCUAGAGUCACUAGCAGACGUUACAUCAGAAGACCUCUCUCAAGCACUCAGAAGAGUUACACUGGCUCAGGCAAGGGUACCGGUAAUGUGUGGCAGUGCAUACAAGAACAUUGGAGUGCAAACAAUCAUGAAUGCAGUCAUUGACUAUCUACCAUCUCCUACAGACUGUCCCCAACUAUCUGUCUACAAUUACUUCAAAGACACUCCCAGUGCGAGAGUAUUCAAGGUUAUCCAUGAUAAGCACAAAGGACCCUUGUCUUUUCUACGAAUUUACACUGGAAAACUAGAAAAGGGUCAGAGGUUAUACAACAUGAAACAAGAUAAAAGUGAAACCAUUACAAAGUUGAUGGUGGUUGAGGCAGAUGAUUUUGAAGAAGUUUCAGAGGUGACACAGGGGAAUAUUGCUGCAGCUUCUGGACUGAAGUUUUCUGUGAUUGGAGAUCUCCUAACAUCAAGUGCAUCUGCAGCAAGUAAAGCUAAGCUUUCACUUAUGAAAAAGGAAAAGUUAUCAGAGGAAGAAGCAGAAGCGAAAUUCAACAUUGGAGCUGUGAUUCCGGAUCCUGUGUUCUUUUGCUCAAUAGAGCCUCCAUCUCUGGCUUCUCAACAAAGUCUUGAAGACGCUUUAAAAGCUAUACAAAAAGAAGAUCCAAGCUUGAGAGUGUCAUUUGAUGAAGAGAUUGGACAGACAAUUUUAGCAGGUAUGGGUGAGCUUCACUUGGAGGUGAUCAGAGAGAGGAUAAGAUCAGAAUAUAAGAUAGAAGCUGAUAUUGGACAGAUGCAGAUUGCCUACCGUGAGAAGCUGACAGCUCCAGUCACUGAUACCUUUUCUGCCAGCCACUCUAUUGGGAAUUCCAAACAUUAUGUAAAAGUAACAAUCACACUUUUAAACGAAAAGAAGAAAGACAUUGUAAUUUUGGAUAAAAGCAAGGCUAGUAUAGAUAAUACAUCAGCAAUCACAUUUCGUCAGCUGAAACAAAUCAGACAAGGCGUGGAGUCAGCUCUGACUCAUGGACCUGUGUUGGGAGUGCCUGUGAUGGAUGUUACAGUCGUAGUUCACUGGCUGGAGGUGGGGAGAGGGACAUCAGACACUAUAUUGGCAUCUAGUGUGUCUCAGUGUAUUAAAAAGAUGCUCUCUGCUGCAGGGACUGUGCUCGUGGAGCCUGUCAUGUCUCUAGAGGUAGUCACAGAUGAGCAGUGUCUACCUUUGGUGUUAGCUGACCUGUCAAGGCGGAGGUCCCAAGUGCAACAAGUUACCGUUCGAGGAAACAACAAGAUUGUUGAGGCACAAACACCCCUUGCGGAGCUGCUUGGUUACUCCAAAGCCCUCAGGACCUUCACAUCUGGCACCAGCUCCUUUACUAUGGAGUUUGCCUCUUUCCAAGAAAUGGGUCCAACUGAACAAGCCGAGGCAAUCAGGAGAGUUACUGGGUUUUAAGGCUGCUCCGUGAUAGUGCUGUUGCAGUGGGAGAUCUGGUCAAUUUGCUGAGGAAUACAUCUGUAUAAUCAGCAUUUUGCUAAACACGUUUUGAAGAGAGUUUUUCAAACCUACCAAACUAUGUUGAGGGCGCAAUGCACACCUGUUUUGGUGCAUAAUGAAUUUUGUAAACAUUUACUUUUGGAUUCUCGGACAAGACUUAAACAAUCUGAGGAAGUUAAGUUGUGAGUUUUAAGAUCUACUUAUAAUUUUUGAAGUGAAUUUAAAACCAUUGAAAUAAACUGAGGAUCUGUCAUAAAAAUUCAUUUGAAUUUACUAAAAUAUUUAGGAAGAAAAAUGUUUCUAGGUCUUGAGAGGUUUAUUGAACCAUGUACAAACCAAGAAUGUAAUACAAAUUUCUAUUAUUUAUCAAAAUACACAAAUACAUUUUUGAGUAAAAAUGUCUUUAAAAUCUUUUAAUAAACAUGUUAGAAAUACUGCACAACAAACAUGACAAGAAAAUAAUGUUUUAACAAAUGUAUUGAAAGCUCAAAAUAUCAUACUAAACACUUUGAUGAAACUAUGUGACGUAAUGACACUGAUAGAAGUAAGUGCUAAGUGCUACGUAUAAGUAGCCUGAAAGCUAUUUAGAAAUUGUUUUGAAAACAAUUAUGUAGUUCCUCACUCCAGAAUGUU